AUCAACGCGCGCCAACACACCACACGGAUAACGAGCACGACCUUUCAUCCGGCAAACACUUUUCUAUUCCGCGUAUCAUGUGUAUUUCAGGUGAUUUAAGAGGACUUUAAGUGCGUGUUUGACUGUGGAAUAAAACUGAACAGAAAUGUUUCGCUGCUCGCUGGUAAUUUGUGGCAGAGGAGUCGUUAAAAGGUUCGCCUCGUCGUUCUCUGGUGAAAGUAUUCUGCCUCCAAAUCUGCUGCUGCCCGCAAACCUCGUAGAUCCUGCCAGACUAAAGCGUCCUCCUCCUCCUGCUGACUGCUCCCUUCCUGUCCUGAGGAGGUGCGAUGCCGUCGUUCCCGCUCACCUGAGCCCCGUCCAGACGUGGGUGGAGACUCUGGAGAGGAAGGACAGCGAGCCUCUGGGUUUGGCUCAUCUCCACCCGGAUGUCUUCGCGGUGCCUCCGAGGCUCGACAUUCUCCAUGAUGUUGAAGUAUGGCAGAGGAACUACAAAAGAAUUAGUCACGCCAACACGAAGAUCAGGUCGGAGGUCAGAGGUGGAGGCAGGAAACCGUGGCGACAGAAAGGAAGUGGAAGAGCGCGUCACGGAAGCAUCCGAUCGCCGCUGUGGAGAGGAGGUGGGGUGAUUCACGGACCCCGAGGGCCGACCAGCUUCUACUACAUGUUACCCAUGAAGGUCCGAGUGCAAGGACUCAAGGUGGCUCUGAGCUGCAAGAUGGCUCAGGCCUACCUUCACGUCGUGGACUCGCUGAACAUCCCCACCCCCGACUCCCAGCACCUGCUGGAGCUCAUCAGGCACAGACACUGGGGAGAGUCGCUGCUGAUCGUCGACGUAGGUGAAGAUUUUCCUGAAAACAUCCUUCAGGCGACAGCAAGUCUGAAGACGGUCAACCUCAUUCCAGCCGUCGGUCUGAACGUCCACAGCCUGCUGAAACACGAAGCCGUCGUCCUCACGCUGGAAACCGUCAAGUUUCUGGAAGACAAGCUGCUGUGGCACGACCAGCGGUACACGCCUCUGUACCCGUUCAAACUGCCCUACUCCGACUUCCCGUAGACCACCUGUAAUACACACACCGACUGCAGCCAGACAACUGUUUUCUUUCUGUUUAUUAUGCUUAACAAAAUGUCAACAAUAAAUAAUCAAAAUUAUUUAAAAAA